GUCGCUAUCCGCGAGUAUAUAAGAAGACUUCUUGGUGAUUUUUCCCGGUCAUCUUCCACCCCACGAUUUGUCCGUUCUUUUCCGAAGACCCUACCGGAGAAAGACUCACAUCACAUCCUCUUACAACAAAACUACGCCUCCCCCCAAUUCGCUCGCAUUUGGACAAUCAUCCAUUCAUAAAAGCCCGAACAAAAUGAGUUUACGACAGUCUCACCUAUCGCGCCUGUUCUCUCAAGCGUCGAGAAUCCUCCAAAAUGCGCCACCCGCGUCCACAACAAGGACAUCCUCCCUAUCCUCCUCCCCACUCCUAAGCCGGGCCUUCGAAAUGCCCAUCAGACGCGCAUUGAGCUUUCAGACCCGCGGACCUUCCCAAAUAAAAUUCAGGAGCGGCCAGAUGCAACAACCAGGGAACAUCUUCCGGCGGUCGUUCUUCCGGUCUGCUCGGUCGAACAGCUCGGCGCAAUCGGAGCAGCAAGCGCCCUCUCUUUCGCAGCGUCUUCGCACGCUGUCGAAGGAGUACGGAUGGUCCGCGCUGUGGGUGUAUUUGAUUCUGUCGGCGGUGGAUUUCCCGCUGUGCUUUAUGGCUGUUCGGUUGGCUGGAGUGGAGCGGAUUGGCCACUAUGAGCAUGUUAUUUCGGAGUCGGUGAAGGGGGCUGUUCGGAAGGUGUGGCCCCCUUCGGAGGAGGAGGAGAAGGCUGCUGCUGCGUUGCAGAGGCAGGCAGAGCAGGAGGAGAAGGAGGCGGGCGAGGAGAAAGCCAAUGGUGGUGAAGCUAGUCUUUGGACGCAGCUUGCCCUCGCUUAUGCAGUUCACAAGAGUCUUAUCUUCAUUCGGGUUCCCCUGACGGCUGCGAUCACUCCCAACGUUGUCAAGGUUCUGAGGGGCUGGGGCUGGGAUAUCGUCAAGGGUAGGCCGAAGGGCAUGUAAGUGCCAUUGGAGAUGUGUUUUGAGUAUGAUGGUUGGGACGAUUAAUGCCGGAAAUGGCUCUGCAAAGGGUCUUCAAAACAAGAUAUUAUAUUUAUAGAGAGAUGUACACUAGCUGUUACAUAUAAUUUUGCAGGACAAGCGCGCGGUGUCCUUCUCCACUCAGAGAUAUUGAACCGGGUAUUUCCGUCAAUCAUGAUCGUCUAAGGACGACAGGGUACAAAAGUUCGAGGAAAGAUGAGACAGGACAUGAAAGGAUAGAGGACAUCAGUCUAGUGUACCCAAAAACCACAGCAUGUAGCAAUAUUGAGCCAAGCGUUAUGAAAAAGUAAUGGCACAAGUUCAUCCAGGCA